AAUUAAAAAAAACACCUUCUCUCUCCUCCCCCACCCCCCUUCCCUCUCCACCUUCCUCCCUCCUCCCCCUUCCCCUUAUGGUUCUCCACCAGGCCACCAGCAACCAGACGUCGGCAGCGCGCACUACCUCCCCUUCCCCCACCUCCGUAUCGCCGCCUCCCUGCCCACCUCCCCGCUUCCUAUUCCCCUUCCCUGCACACUUCACGCACUCCACCAACCUGCUCUUCCUUGCAACUCCACCAACAACAGCCCUCUGCCACCACGACCAUCCCAAACCUUUAUCCCCCUCCCCCGAGUGCCGGUGCCGAUGCUUCCCCGAUCACCUCCUCUUUCCCCUUUGAUCACCCCCGCAAACCAUCCAAAAUCCCCCAAAUCCUAACCCCUAGCCCUAACAUUCGAAACACAAGGCAAACUGGCGACGUAAUCAGCCACUAGCGGCCGAAGUCGGCUGAUAAUGGGUUGAAAUCAACCAUUCAACCCCAACAUCGACCGAUUUCGGCCAUUUGUGGCCAAUUUUGGUGGUCGAUUUUGGGGAGGAGGUUGUAUUUUUGGUGGGGAUACGAGGCUGUGAUGGAUUUUUCGUGUGGGGAGUGUGUGCGUCGAUUUUGCAUGUGGUGGUUGGCGGCUGCGUGUGGGAAGGGUGUGCGUCGGUGGUGGUGGUGAAGGUGCUGGGUUAGUUUUUAGGAAAUUUAUCUAUUUUUUUUACAUUUUUUAAUGUUCUCUUUUUUUUUUUACAUUUUUUUAAUGUUUUUUUUUCAACCAAUUACAUAUUGACACGUGUGCAAAAAAAUCUAAUUCACAAAUGUUUACCUUAUUUACCAGUUGUAACUCUUGUAAGUCAUAUGGUUGCAAUAGAAAUUAAUCUCAUACAACGUUGGGAGUGAUAGUGAAUAAUCGAAAGUAGGGAUUAUUAUUAGCGAAAGAGCCAAAGUUGGGAUUAAUGGGGAUAAUUUUUCCUUUAUUUUAUGCAUCAGUCUUUGUAAACUUCACCUGUAUUUUACAUUUUUAUUUAUUUAUUUGUUAUUUAAAAAAAUAAAAAAAACGUAGUAAUAAAUUUGAAAAUCUUUUCUCUCGGUCCUUUUCCCUAAAACUUGACAACUUGGACGGAAAUUGAUCUUCUCUAAUUUUAAUCCGCAGCGUGUUUCAAAAAAAAAAAAAAAAACUUUUUUUUUGACAAGAAUAAAUUUGAAAAUCUUAAUAUACAGUCUCCUUCUAAAUUCUAGACAGUCAAGUCUGUAUAUUCACUCUCUUCCCGCUGAAAACCCCAUUUUGCUUCUGACAUUCUCUUCCGAAAUUUAUAGCAACAUGAUGAAAUUAGCCUCCAUUUUCAAGUCCAGGGGCAAUGUUUCUGGACAACUCCUCAACUGGAAUAAUCCUACGCAAGAUGCCUUUGGCUUGCACGCUUUAAUGGGCUGUGCUGGCAUGUCUACAGUUGGACAAAAGACUUUUACCAAUGAUCGCAUUUUUGCACCAUACUAUGUGUACAAGGGAAAAGCGGCAUUCUCUGCUGAACCCAUUCCUCCAAAAUUUUGUAAAGUUGAUUCUGGUAUCAGAGUUAAGCGUCAAGGAUUUAUUAUGAUGACCUUUUCUCCUUCUGUGGGAGAGCGCAAGUAUGACUGGCAGAGGAAGCAGAUGUUUGCGUUGUCACCCACUGAGGUUGGCUCUUUGCUUGCUUUGGGUCCUAAUGGUUCUUGUGAUUUUUUCCAUGAUCCUGCUAUGCAGACAAGUAAUGCUGGCCAAGUGCGAAAGAGCUUAUCAAUCAAACCAAGUCCAGACGGUACUGGUUAUUUCAUGUCUUUGAGUGUUACCAAUAACAUCACGAAGACCAAUGAUCGCUUUUCUGUUCCUGUGACAAGUGCUGAAUUUGCUGUCAUGCGCACAUCAUUCAGUUUUGCAUUGCCUCACAUCAUGGGUUGGGAUCGAUACUCUAGCCAGCCGCCCGUUUUUAAGGAGGAGAAUGCAACGAAAGUUGGUCUGCGGAGCAUGGAUUCAGAAUGGGACAGAUGAACUGACACAACAGACUAAUGAACAUAGGACUUAUUUGGACUGUACCAAUCGAAUUUUCAUUUUGUAAGGAAGGCCUUUUGCCAACUCUAUGAUGAUUAGGAAGUCGACUUUGUUAAAGUUACCUAGGAUGCCAGUAUAUGUAAUAUAGUACAUAAUUUCGUUGCAAUAUUCAAGAGCUUGAAUUUGGUAUGGGGUUAGUUGUAUGCUUCUUGUGCUUCUUUGAGUUUUGUUUCCCUAAACCUGGGGUGUGUAUGGAAGGUACAUGACUUGCGAAUAUUAUGUCAAAGGACUUGUACCUGGUUCAUUUAUUUCAUAUGAUGCUGUUAUAAUCCA